AUGGACAUUGACGACAUUCUCGCCUCCGUUGAUCAUGGACCAGGCGCAAGUCUUGAGUCCGCAGGACUAGACCACCAACUCCUAACGCGCUUUUGGGUCGCCGAACGCGCCGUCUCAGAAGUCCUACCAUGGCCCGCACCACUAAUGGAGCGCAUGAUGGACCGCGUACGGAAUCAGGUAAUUCACCACGGGCAUAGCAAGUACCAUCACCAGCUAACAAAACCAAACCAGAUCGAAACAAUUGAAGAUCUAGCCGCUUCGUCGGGCGACGCAACAAUAACAACACAUACCCACAACCCCAACCUCAAUCUCCGUCUCUCAAUCCUCCAAACCGACCUCGCUCGCACCCAAUACUUGAUCCGCAGCUUGUUGCGCGUGCGGCUAGCAAAAAUAACGAAAUACAGCAUGCAUUACCUUGUCCAGCUUGGAUCGCGAAAUCAAUCCUCCCACACACAAUCCCAAUCUACACCCUCAUCUCAAGCGAACCAAGCUCCCGAGGACUCUAUACCGGAGAUAUCAUCGUUGACGGAUCCGGCGCCUCUUUCGGGGCCGGAGGUUUCAUUCUUGCAUGCGCAUCAGACGCUGUUGGCGGGCCACUUUGGCGGGUCGUUCAUGGGUGCGUUUCCGAGGCAAUUGAGACGGUUGGAUGAUAAUGCCGGUGGGACGAGUAUGAUACAAGGGCCGGAGAUGAGGGAGCUUGUCUUUGUACGCUGUCUCGGGGCUAGUGUGCCUGUCCUUGUCGGGGGCGAUGAGGAGGAGGAGAGUGGGGUUGUGAUGCGGAUGGGGGAUAUUUGGGGAGUGAGGUGGGAGGGCGUUAAAGAGGCUUGGGGGAGAGGGGAGGUUGAAUUGUUGUAA